UGGAUUCGCGCGAUGCUGGCUUGUAGUUGUAUAGUGUGGUGUUGUGCUCGGAAAUCUGGACCACCUAUUAUUAUUAUACUUUUUGUGUUGGGCAGCAUCGGCAGCAAGGCGGCCCGUUCAGACUCACACAAUACGUCUCACUCGACGCGGAUCCAUUAUUCCCAGUCGCAAUUUUUCGAUUUCUCUCUCAAGGAGUGCGAAUGAGGAGUCGUGAACAUUUCAUACAGUUGCUCUCCGUGACUCACUGUUCAGUGCGUGCAAUCCUCCACCUGGAGAGGGGAAAUACAGUGCUCAAGUCGUUCAAGUGAUCACCAUUUGCGGUCAGGAGUGCAGUGGCAAUGUGCAAUUGGAGAAGCCAGUGAUCAACGACUCAAUAGAUCACAUCGAUCGAUCGCACUCGUGAAAAGUGGUCGCGAAAUCGAUUUGAAAGAAAGAAUCCCGCACAUCUCAAAGACAAUCUAUUUAAAAAGACAGAGAUCAUCGAUCGCAUCAAUGGAUGCUGCUCAGCCGUCCAACAACACCCAGCAAUUCUGCCUGAGAUGGCACAAUCAUCAGGCCAGCCUGUUGAGUUCGUUGCCCCUCCUGCUGGAUCAGUCGCAUCUCACGGACGUGACACUAUCCGCCGAAGGGAGAACCGUGAGGGCACACCGUGUGGUACUGAGUGCGUGCAGUACAUUCUUCUCAGAGCUAUUUCGAACGCUUGAUCCUCCGUACCAUCCCGUCGUGGUGCUUCCUGGCGCCUCCUUUGGCGCCACCGUGGCCCUGCUCACCUUCAUGUACUCUGGCGAGGUGAACGUCUUCGAGGAGCAGAUCUCCAGUCUGCUUUCACUGGCCGAGACGCUGGGCAUCAAGGGAUUAGCAGACUUCAAUGGGAAUGCCCCGAAGGCAUCGCCAAAGCGAGAAACAGCGUCCGCUCUGAAAGACACCUUGGAUAUGCCGGCGGCGAUCUCGGCCAAAGUCUCAUCACCCCUGGAGACACUCUUCUCCAAACCCUUCCCAUUCUAUCCCAAUCUCCUUCCGCAGCCCAUAAACUUCUCCCAGAGUGCCAACCGAGCGUGUGACUUGUUCGCGCGCUACCAGAGUCAGGCCGGAAAGUUCAAUUUGCUGGCGCAGGAUGGAAAAAACCACGAUGACCAUCUGGAUGAGGAGAACAACAACAGACGGAUGUACAACGAGCACCGGAAGCACAAGGCAGACAUGAAGAAGAUCGACAAGAUUGCAGAGAACCUAAGGACAUCCAACAAGAACUAUCUGGACCAGCAGCAGCUGCAGAAAGGCGCUCUGGUGCCUCAGUCACCGCCCACUCAGGCUGUGUUGAAGCCUCCGCCACCGCUGCCGGCCGCCCUGCAGCAUCACUUCAUGUCUGACGACACUGGCACGUCUCUAAUCAAGUCCGAGAACACCCUCAUGGAAGCGCCACAUCCCUCUCAUGCGCAGCCCGCCACUCCCGCUAUGACUCCCGACCCCAUGACUGCCGAAUCCAUGCUGGAGAAGUCCAUCGCGAGCGCCAUCAGCAAGCCCGGAAACUCCAAACUCUACGCCACAUGCUUCAUAUGCCAUAAGCAGCUCAGCAAUCAGUACAACCUAAGGGUGCAUCUGGAGACCCAUCAGAAUGUCCGAUAUGCAUGCACCGUCUGCUCCCACGUGUCGCGCAGCAAGGAUGCUUUGCGGAAGCACGUCUCCUACCGACAUCCGGGCGCUCCAAGUCCCUGUGAGUCGGAGACCAGACGGAAGCGCGCCAAGAUGAUGGGACAGCCCAUUAAGCAGGAGAUGAUCGAUCCCCAAACCCUGCUGUCGUCGCUGCAGCAGCAGCAGGUGCAGAUGGCGGCGGCAUCGACUUCGCAGACGCCAAUCGCGCCCCCUUGCCCAUCGCCGCAACAGGCGCAUCAGAUUCCCACUCCUCCGGACGGCCCGUCGGCGGCCAGCGGGGAUCAGGGAGCGACUAAUCUGUCCAAAGACACGAAGAAUCACGAGACUAUGCAGUAGGGGGCAACAUCCUGUUG